AUGGGGGCGUUCGGGAGCAAGCUGGGCGCACACUGUGCGUGCCUUUGCCGCUUCCACUCUGUCCUGCUGCUGGGCAGGAGGAGCUUCAGAGUCCUGCCUGCAAGCUCUGGGCGCCCAAGGCCGCUGUGGAAGAAGGUGAUGGCGGUCACCAUGGUGGGGGUACCCCUGCUCCUCGGCGUCCGCUACUUCACAGCAGAGGCUCGGGAGAAGAGGAGGAUGCGGCUCGUGCUGGACGGUGUCGGGCGCUUCAGUAGGUCCCUGAGCAUCGGCCUGCAGAUCUCCCUGGACUACUGGUGGUGCACCAACAUCACGCUACGUGGCACGGACGAGAACAGCCCGAGGUACAUGGAGGUGAUGUCAGCAUGUCACCAGCGGGCAGCCGACGCCCUGGUGGCUGGAGCCAUCAGCAACGGGGGUCUCUACAUCAAGCUGGGCCAGGGGCUAUGUUCUUUCAACCACCUGCUGCCCCCUGAGUACAUUAGGACCCUGCGUGUCCUGGAGGACAAGGCCCUGACACGGCGUUUCCAAGAGGUGGAUGAGCUCUUCCUGGAGGAUUUCUGUGCGCCUGCCCACGAGGUCUUUCUGGAGUUUGACUAUAGUCCGCUGGCUGCUGCAAGCCUGGCCCAGGUGCACAGAGCCAAACUGCAUGACGGCAGCGACGUGGCUGUGAAGGUGCAGUACAUCGACCUGCGGGACCGCUUUGAUGGUGACAUCUACACGCUGGAGCUGCUGCUCCAGCUCGUGGAGCUCAUGCACCCCAGUUUUGGCUUCAGCUGGGUCCUCCAGGACCUCAAGGGGACACUGGCGCAAGAGUUGGACUUUGAGAACGAGGGCCGCAAUGCAGAGCGCUGUGCACGGGACCUGCGGCACUUCCACUACAUCGUGGUGCCCAGAGUGCACUGGGACAAGACCAGCAAGCGGGUCCUAACAGCUGACUUCUGUGAAGGAUGCAAGGUGGAUGAUGUGGAAGCCAUCAAGAUGCAGGGCUUGCUGGUGCAUGACGUUGCCCAGAAGCUGGUCCAGACCUUUGCGGAGCAGAUAUUCUACACUGGCUUCAUCCACUCUGACCCACACCCUGGCAACGUGCUGGUGCGGAAAGGUGCUGAUGGGAAGGCGGAGCUAGUGUUACUGGACCACGGGCUCUACCAAUUUCUGGAUGAGAAGGACCGCUUGGCGCUGUGCCAGCUGUGGCGGGCCAUCAUCCUGCAGGACGAUGCUUCCAUGAAGAUUCACUCCGCUUCUCUUGGGGUACAAGACCACCUCCUGUUCAGCGAGAUGCUGAUGCAGCGGCCAGUGCGCCUGGGCCAGCUAUGGCGCUCGCAUCUGAGCCGCGAGGAGCUGUCCUACAUGCAGGAUAUGGCACGGGACCACUUUGAGGACAUCAUGAGGGUACUCAAGUCCUUGCCACGGCCCAUGCUACUCGUGCUGCGUAACAUCAAUACUGUGCGCGCCGUGAAUACUGCACUUGGAGGCCCUGUUGACCGCUACUUCCUCAUGGCCAAGAGUGCGGUCAAGGGCUGGAGCCGCCUGGUUGGUGCUGCGUGCCAGGGUGUCUACCGCUUCAGCAUCCUGCGCCACAUGAAGGUCGUGUGGGAGGUGCUCAAGUUCGAGGUGGCUCUGAGGAUGGAGGUGGUUCUGAUGCGACUCACGGCCCGACUCGUGCGCACCCUGGUUUACCUGGGCCUCCUGACCGAGCCUGAGGGCCUCUAUGACUACCUGGAGACCUAG